AUGUUUCGCAACUCGAUAUUGGCAUCGCGGUCGAUAGUUGGUCCUGCUUUGCGCAGAAACGAUGCUGCUGCUGCUGCUCGACGAGCGCUGUCCUCUACAUCUGCGGUGCUGGACACGACCUCUUCAACGAAAGACACUGCCCCUUCGACAACACCCUCCGCACAAAGUUCGACCUCUUCAACGGCGCCAGAUUCUCCACCUUCGUCAUCCUCUGCCACUGCCACACCACCACCGUCUUCGUCGACGAAACCGCUCGUGCGAGAAUCGUCGUCGUCGCCAGAACAGCUGAACACGCUGCCACUGCCGUACCUGUCCUUUGCGCUUGGGGUGCCGACGCCGCCGUCGUCAUCGUCGACUUCGUGGGCGGAGACGCGCGAUCGUCUGGUAUCACCGGAGCACCGUAUGGCGUCGCGCAAGGCGAUUGUGAAGGAAGCAACACGCGGGUACUUCCACGACUUUCACGCAAUCAAGUCGCACGGCGGCAAGACUUGGCGUGCCCCGCACACGCUCAUCCGCUCCGACCGCUCGCUCUACUUCCCCAAAUUCACCGGCACACGGCUAUCCGACAAGGCGAAAACAAACACGGUCGACAUGCUGCGCAACAAGAUCUCGGUCAUCGCCCUCCUCGGCAGCAAGAUCAGCGAGGAACACACGAAAUCCUUCUAUGCAGACACGCUCGCCCACUUCGCCUCGCAUCCCAAGUUCCAGCUGGUCCACAUCAACCUGCAGAGCAAUCCGCUCAAGUCUUAUCUCAUCAGCCUCUUCCUCGCCUCGCUCCGCUCCCAAAUCGACGAGCGUUUGCACCCCACCUACCUCCUCAGCAGCACCAACAUCGAACUCGAAAAAGAAGCACUCGGCUUCCACAAUAAGCACGUCGGCUAUACCUACCUCGUCGACGAGCGCGGCAGGAUCCGCUGGGCCGGCGGCGCCUUUGCCGAAGACGCCGAAAAAAACGCCCUCAAGAGCUGUACCGCCGUCCUGCUCGACCGCUUCGGCGAGGAUGCCAAGGCCAAGGGCAAGGGCAAGAAGUGA